AGCUGCUCAGAGGCAGAGAAGCCAGAGGAGCUCUGCGUAACCUUGCGGGACUGGGGAGACUGAGCUGGGGGUUUGGGCCUGCUGAGGCAGUGGAACCUGAGGGCCAAGAUCCCUGAGAGGAAGGAGGCCAGAGAAGCAGAAAGUGGCUAAAAAAGCACAGCUGGCUUUUUGGCAGUUUCAUGAUGCUAGGGAAGAGUUUAGAGCCUGCCAAGGAGGAAUGGCCCUAAGAAAUACCAGGCUCUCAGCUUGGACCUUUGGGGACCACAGGUAGAUUGGACUUUAUAAGGACUGUGGAAUGAGUUUAGCAUUAGCUGAGCCCUGGAGUGGCUUGAGGUGGCCUUCCCCUCUGCUGCCCACCCUGGAGGGAGACACCAUCCUGAUCCUCAACCAUCUGUCACACACAGUGCCUGACACUCUGUCAAGUUACUAGGUACACUGAGAAACAGGAUGGGGGGAGUGGGGGGGAAGAGUGACAGACCCACAGGAGAUAAGAUAUUGGAGUUAGCAGACAUGGACUUUAAAAUAACUGACUAACAUAUUGAAAUAGGUGAGGUGGGGAGUUUCACAGAGAAUUAGAAUUCAUAAAAGAUUAAAUGAAAAUUCAAAGUGCAAUAACUGAAAUUUAAAAUUCAGUAGGUGGAUUUAAAAGUAGAUGAGAGACAGCUGAAGAAAGGACUAGUGAACUGGAAGAUAGAUCAAUAGAAAAUAUCUCUGCAAACCCCACCAUGACCAGCUCGCACUAUCCUGUGAGCUUCCUUGUCCUGGGCCCUCUGAGCCCUUCUGUAAACCCGUUGGGCAGUGGCGGGGGGGCCUGCUGAGGAGGCUCUUUGUACUUGGGAGAGACUGAGGGGGCUUGGGAAUUUGGGGAUCGCUCUCCAUUGCAGCCUUGUUGGAAACAUUACCAGCACAUUGGCAGUCUAGUCAUUGAGCUCCAUGACUCUAGUGAAAUCUUCAAGGGUCUCAGGCAACAGGAACUUUGUGCUCAUGGGCUCAGGCUAAAGGUAUGCUAAUCUCUCCAACAUAAACCUUAGAAAAUGCCUUGGGUGGGACGGGGAACCAAGGGAGGCUUGUCUGUGAUUUGCAAGGGGCGUGCACAUUGCUGCUCAGGCUCGUGGACCAUGGAACCCGAGUGCUGCCUGUUCCACUGACAUGAUGGGCACUGGCGUAACUGGGGGUGAGGGAGCAGGGUCGGGGCUGUGCUGAGCUUGACCUUGAAACUGUUGUGGAUUGUAGCAGUUCACAGGCAUGUUCUGAGAAAUUUUCCAUCCUGGGUUAAUGAGUUCCUUAUAAUGAACAGAAAUAAAUUCAAGAGGGAUGGUGAGCUAAGGUGGGGUCAUGGGCCAAGGCCAGUGGCUGUGCUGAGAGAUGACUGCUGACCUGCACAGGCUGUCUAACAUGGAUUAAAGCAAUGUCACAGCAAAGACAUUGGCCUUUUAUCUCAAGUAAAAGAUGGAAGCCCCUUUGUGCUCUAAAAUGCUCUGUCUUGGGGCCAGCAAAAACCGCUUUUGAGGGGAGAGGAGGAAUCCAGGUCAAAUCUGGGUGAGGGAGGACACAACAGCCACUGGCUCCUGGGAGCUUCUGGUCAGCUCAGGCCAAGUGUCCAGAAGCAACUUGGACACCCUGCAGUGUCUCCUGUGCUUCAGGAGAGGAAACCAUGUUGGGUUCUCUCUGGAGGGUCCAUGAGGAAGGGACGUUCUCUCACAUGGGAGGUUGCAGGACAGGAGGUGAGGAACAGGUGAGCACAGAGCCUUCUACCUUCCAGGCAUUGUUUUAGGCCUGGUCAGUUUCAUGGACGAGAUAGACAAGGUCCCUGCUCCUGUGCAGAUUGUGUUCUAGUCCAGAGGCUGCCUUCAACCGGUGUAAGCAAGUAAGAGCAAACACUAAAACAAGGAAAACAAGUGAUAAGGGUCAUGGAAAAGAUGACAUUGGGACCACGCUGGUGGGAGGGUUGGGUUGGGGAGAGGGCAGCCUCCCUGAAGAGGUGAUGGUGAGCUGAACUGGAAUGACAGGGUGGGUAGCUCUGCGUGCAGAGCAGCGCCCUCAGCUGGCAUUGCACAAGCCCUGGUAGGCCCUGGCUUUCCUCAUAAGGACAAUGAGAAACCGAUGAUAGAUUUUUUUAAAAAAUUGUUUGUUUGGCUGCAUUGGGUCUUAGCUGCGGCACACAGGAACUUAAUUGCGGCAUGUGGGAUCUAGCUCCCUGACCAGGGAUCGAACCCAGGCCCCUUGCAUUGAGAGCAUGGAGUCUUAGCCACUGGACCACCAGGGAAGUCCCCCGAUGACAGAUUUUAAGCAGGAGAAAAAGGUGAUCUGAUUGCACAUUUACAAGAUGUGCUGCAUGCUGUGUGGAUACUGGGAUUGUGGGGAGAGUUUCUGGGAGCAGGGAGACCAAUGGGCAGAUUUGCUUGUGUUCAGCAAAGGACAGGUGUCGCAGCUGCAAAACCAGAGGGGACUGUAGACUCAGGAUGCAUUUGGGGUGGGGCUGAGAGAAAACAGGGACCCAAAUGAGCCUCAGGUAUCUGAGCAUCUGGGUGGAGGCAGGGCCAUAGUGGGAGGGGGGCAUACCCACUGUGUAUGUCAGAUCUAGAGGUUCCCAAACUCGCAGUUCAGAGCACUUCUAGUUAAGGUUCAGUAAUUAUUUUAAGGGACUUAUAGGCCAAAAGAAGUACCUAACAGUUCCAUUUUUAAAUACAUAAGUCCAAACAAGUUAAGUAUUGACAUCCUAGCAACUUACAGUAGAUAUUUGGAAAAUAAUGUAAACUUAAAUUUUUUUUCAUUUCAUUUUUAAGUAACUGUAAUUAUUUAUGGGUGGAACGUGUGCCUAUCGGCUCUUCUUGAAUCUUGGAAUCAGAUUGGACACUGCCACCCUUGUUGCUUUUUUCACAUUGAUUCUUACACAGUAAUUGCUUUUUCAAUAACUGCCAGAAACCUAGCUUUGCAGACAUGAAAUAGUGGAAAGGAGUGUAGCAAGAUAUGAUGUUGAAACCAUGAAGUGUUCAGAGAUGUUUAGUAUCACCAUUUUCCUCAAAAGUAAAAGGCAUCCUGCUGUGCCUGCAAGUUCACUGUGGGCUGGGGGUUAUUCAGUGCAUUGUUUAGAAACUGCAGCUCUGUGCCCUUUUCCCUCUGGGUCUGUGGACAUCCUCUGUCCUGGGCCACAUGUUGGUGUGCAAGUCCCCCCCCCCCAGCAAUUCUUUGGGAUGGCUCACUGGGUCUUGUGGCACUCACUGUUGCCCUCACAGCCCAACAGCCUGCACAUGGCAAAUGUCCCUUUGAAGCUAUCGUGUUCCCAGCUUCAGUGCUUAGAGGAUUUUCUCUUUAUCCUUUGAUUUUAUUUGUUUUUUAUAAAUUUAUUUAUGGCUGAGUUGGGUCUUUGUUGCUGUGCGCAGGCUUUCUCUAGUUGCAGCUAAUGGGGGAUACUCUUUGUUGUGGUGUGCGGACUUCUCAUUGUGGUGGCUUCUCUUGUUGCGGAGCAUGGGCUCUAGGCGUGUGAGCUUCAGUAGUUGUGGCUCGCGGGCCCUAGAGCACAGGCUCAGUAGUUGUGGCGCACGGGCUUAGUUGCUCCGUGGCAUGUGGAAUCUUCCUGAACCAGGGCUCAAACUCGUGUCGCCUGCAUUGGCAGGCGGAUUCUUAACCACUGUGCCAUCAGGGAAGCCCUAUUCUUUGAUUUAAAAUGCCUCAGAACUCAAGACCUGACCCCAACUUAAUUACUUCGGUGUGAUGCGUCAUUUCCCCUUCCUGUAUCUGAACAGGUUUAGUUUAACUAAAGAGUGUGGCAGACUUUCGGGGUUGAUGUAAAAAUAGCUCACCCUGAUCAGAGAAAGUGGUCUGCCGUCUGCACCCAUUUCCCUGCUAAUGUGAUAUUGAAAAAUGCCAGCAACACUGGGCUUCCUCCCUUCCCUGGCACCCAUUCUGUGUCCACUGUGGAGCCUGGCGCGGGAGGAGUGUACCCCUGACUCUGCCAUUGGUGUUGGGUUUGGCCCUGUCACUUGCUAAGACCAAAAGAAUAUGGGCAGAAGUGGCAUCAUGCAGAUUUUGAGCCUAGGCUUCUGGAGGCAUCAUGUAUUUCUGUUCACCUCUCUGGAAGUUUCCACCUUCCACCAUGUUAGAAGAGCAUAUAUGCUAGCUGCAGCCCCUUCAGCCCAGUGCCUAACCCCCACCCAGAGGGAGGCCCAGGGAGCAGAGCCCUCCCAGCUAACCUACAGACCUGUGAGCAUGAGAAAAAAAAUGCAUACUGCCAUACAUAUUGAAUCCUGGGGUUGCUUGUUACACAGCAACAGCUGACUGAUACAAAUGGAAAAGAGGUCCAUGAGGGAAAGUUAAAAGGGUGAUGGAAAUAUAACAGCUGAGAAGGUUACUAGUCUUAGGGAUAAGAUGAAUUUUUAAGAUGUGAAAUGAUUCUUCUGUAGAAUAAUGUUAUGUCUGUUGAUCCUUAAGACAAACCUAAGAGGAAAGCAGUGACAGUUUUAUCCAGUUUUAUCCCCAUUUUAUAGAUGAAGAUAUUGAGGUUCAAAGUGGUUGAAGGUGCAGUGGGUGAGCCUGGUCUGGGCCCCAAAUCCCUGACUCCUGGGCCAGGGUCUUCCCGGCUGUGCUGCCUGCCUCUCUUGUGGGCCCGACUUAGAGCAGCCAAUAUGGCAGUAGAGCUUGGCACUUUGUGCAAAUGAGGCCACCGUUGGGACCUUUCUUCUGACAGGUUGGGGAGGGAGGGCACCUCCCAGAGAAGGGGCAGCAUUUGGUUGAGAGGGGGACAGGGGUGCCAACAAACAGGUGCCCGUGUCCCACAUGCUGAAAACUGGGGGGUCUGGGUGUCUUCUGUGUGAGCCAUGGCUCUGCUGCCUACUGGUUUGCUCUCAUGCUCCCCUCAAAAGGUCUGGCAACUGUGUGUCCAGAAAAGAUACCUAUGGAAGAAAAGUGUCAAGGCACCUACACUGAAUACAUUGAUGGUCUUGCUUGGUGGUUGGGGUCUGGAUUUUGACACACUUGAAGCCUCGGGGAUUUUAAACAGGAGAGUCAGCAAUCAAACCUUUGCAAAAGGCUGCAGUGGGGCUUCUGGCAGCUUGAGGGCCAGGCCACAUGAUCCCAUGUUGUAGAUGCCAUAUCAGGGUACACACGAGCUGACUGGCAUUCCUACUGACUGCUGGAGCUGUCCGUCAGCAUGUUCUCAUUACUUCAGGGGGUUCUGGUCUUGUUGAAGUUGGUUUACUUUCUGAGUUGUUUUUAAUCCCUCUGUGUCCUCCUACUUCAUGAUCAGCUGACCACAUCCAUGGCACUUUGAUUUUGACCUUGGCUCCUGCUGACUUUUCCCCUAAGGCCCCCUCCUGCUCCCUGACCCCCAGGCCCCCGUAGCCCUACACUCCCCUUUAUACUUCAAGACCCUUCCUUUCCAGGAAGGGACCCAGCCUUCCCAGUUGCAGGGCUGUCCUUGGAGACCACAACCUCCAACCCCGAAAUGGGGCAGAGCCCCCAUGGAUAGGGUGAUGGGCUGAAUAAUACCCCCCAAAAUAUCUCCAUGUCUUAAUCCCUGCAAACUAUUAACUUCACACGGCAAAAAAGGAUCUCAAGAUGGGGAGACAGGCCUGGAUUAUCCGGGAGGACCCUAAACUCAAUAACCUAUAUCUUUGAGGGGAGAGAACCGACACAGAAGAGAAGGCAAUAUAAUGAUGGAGGCAGAGACUGAAGUGAUGCAGCCAUAAGCGAAGGAACACCCGGAGCCUCCAGAAGCUGAAGAGGCAGGAAGGGUCUCCCCCAGCACCUCCAGAGCGUGUGCAGCCCUGCCACACCUUGUUUCAGCUCAGUGAAAUGGAUUUUGGACUCUGGACUCUAAGAUUAUUAGAUAAUAAGUUUCUGUAGUUUCAAGCCACCAAGUUUGUGCUGACUUGUUACAGCAGCCACAGGUAAUGAACACAAAUGGGAAAGCCAAGGAUUCCAAAUGAAAUGACUGGACCCAUGGCCUGGCAUGGACCCUCAGCUGCUGCCUGACAGUGUCCUUAUGACCCAGCCACUCCUGUCACCUGUGCGUGAAAUGCACAGGCUCUCCACAGGAAGGUUUCCUGCUGCCUUGCUGGCAAGUGAGGUGGACUCUGCAGCCCCUGCCCCUCCCUGGUGCCCGCAGCCCUGCAGCCCCCAAUGCUGCAUCUCAUGUGCGCCCUGUUGAGAGCCCCAACUCCUGGCCAGGGUGCUUGCAGCCGUCACAACUGAAGGAUUAGGAAGCAGGGGUUGGAGUUGGUGAGAGAUGGGGUCCUGGGAGAGCAGCCACCAUGGGCUCCAUUUGCAACAUGGAAUGUCUGGCUUUGGCUGCUAGCUCCAAGGUCACCUCAAGCCCUGCAGCCAGGAGUAGCCAGGACCCUGCCCUCCAGUGCAUCUGCUCCCCACCCCUGGGAGAGCAACUUGUGCAAAGGACACAGAGCCUUUGGCUGUUUUUUUUGUUUGUUUUUUUUUUUUUUUUACUUUUUAAAACCAAGGGCAAACAUCAGGUGCUCUUUAUAGCAGGAAGGACCUGUACCUUUUGAAAUAAACACAUGCCAGCUACCCACCUGCUAGGAAAGCCCCAUAGGCAGCACUAUUGUUCUGUGUCCUCCAGGUGAUGCCCUGGGAAAGGUCACAGCUGCCUAAACCUUUAAAACCCCAGGUGGGACGAACAUUCCCUGUGUGAGGAUUUGGAGCUGCAGCAGCUCACAGUUGUGUUUCUUAACACUUUGUGAAUUUUUUUCUUAAAGCAGUGAAAGGAGAAAAUUGGUACCGAAGAGUAUCAAUUCUUGAUUCUUGGCAGAAUUCCUGUUGUCUUUGUGAAAGUCAAGUUUCAGAAUGAGGGGUGCCAGGCUGAUGGGGGUGCUACUCACCCUGGCUGGCCUGCUGCAGCAGACCCUGUCCCUGAGAAUAGCAGCCUUCAACAUCCAGACUUUCGGGGAGACCAAGAUGUCCAAUGCUACCCUCUCCAACUACAUUGUACAGAUCCUGAGUCGCUAUGAUAUCGCCCUCAUCCAGGAGGUCAGAGACAACCACCUGACGGCCGUAGGGAGGCUGCUGGACAAACUCAACCAGGAUGACCCAAACACCUAUCACUUUGUGGUCAGUGAGCCGCUGGGACGCAACAGCUAUAAGGAGCGCUACCUCUUCCUGUUCAGACCCGACCAGGUUUCCGUGCUGGACAGCUACCAGUACGAUGAUGGCUGUGAGCCCUGUGGGAAUGACAGCUUCAGCCGAGAGCCAGCUGUGGUCAAGUUCUCCUCCCCCUUCACACAGAUCAAGGAGUUUGCCAUUGUUCCCCUGCACGCGGCCCCAUCGGAUGCGGUGGCUGAGAUCGACUCUCUCUAUGAUGUCUACCUGGAUGUCUGGCAGAAGUGGGACUUGGAGGACAUCAUGUUGAUGGGUGAUUUCAAUGCUGGCUGCAGCUACGUGACCCCCUCGCAGUGGUCAUCCAUCCGCCUGCGCAGGAGCCCCCCCUUCCAGUGGCUGAUUCCUGACACUGCCGACACCACCGUUACAUCCACGCACUGUGCCUACGACAGGAUCGUGGUUGCAGGACCUCUGCUCCAAGAUGCUGUGGUUCCCAACUCAGCUGCUCCCUUUGACUUCCAAGCUGCAUACGGAUUGAGUGACCAGAUGGCCCUAGCCAUCAGCGACCAUUACCCGGUGGAGGUGAUGCUGAAGAGAGCCUGACGUGAGUGGGGCCUGGCCAGCGACCUCCGCUCUGCAGCCUGUCGCCAAGAACUGAGACGACACAGCCAAAGGCUAGGGACAGAGUUUAGGAAACCAGUGCCUGGUCCUGAGUGCUCCUGCCCCUCCCCACCACCGUGGCAGCUGGAAUUAGAGGAAGGUAGGCUUUUCCUCACUGUACCCGCUUCCAUUGUAAGCUUGGAGGUUGUGUCACCAGAGCACCCCAGUCUGGACAAAAACUCUAAGAAUACAUUUUAAGUGAAUAAAGCUCAAAAGUAGGUGUUCUCA